AUCUUGGAUUCUGAACUUGAAGCAGUUCUUCAAGAUUAUAUGCUUCUUGAAACUGGGAAAGUAUCUGCAAUAAAUAGGAUUGGCCAUGAGAAUUUGUAGAGUUUGAAAUUUGGAAGUUUGGAAAUACUGUGAUGGGGCCACUGAGAAGUUACCUUCCUGUGUACAGACUUCAUUAAAAGCAUCCACUUCAAGAAACUACAACUGUGUUUAUUCAAGCUUUGAAUUUGGAAGUCGUGCCGGGAUCCCUGCCACAGCACGCUUGAACCGUGAAACCCAGAGCCUAAUGAGCUGUGUGAGGGCCCUGUGCUUGGUGAUGUCCCAUCUCAAGAUGCUGCUAAUACAGUAGCUAAUUAUUCCUAACUGAAGAAGUCAAACAGAAGAAAAAGGAUCUAGGGAAAAACAAUGGCUGCCGCAGCUGAUGGUUUGGGAAGUAUAGCUAUAGAUACCACGCAGCUUAACAUGUCAGUCACUGAUCCCACAGCUUGGGCUACAGCUAUGAAUAAUUUGGGGAUGGUUCCAGUAGGACUAGCAGGACAGCAGCUUGUGACAGAUUCAAUCUGUGUACCAGGCUUUGAUCCAAGCCUGAGCAUGAUGACUGGAAUCACUCCAAUUAACCCAAUGAUACCAGGCAUGGGGUUAGUGCCGCCACCACCACCAACAGAUGUGCCUGUAGUCAAAGAAAUAAUUCACUGCAAAAGCUGCACACUCUUUCCUCCAAACCCAAAUCUUCCACCACCUUCAACAAGAGAGAGACCUCCUGGGUGUAAAACAGUGUUUGUUGGAGGAUUACCAGAAAACGCAACGGAGGAAAUUAUUCAGGAAGUCUUUGAGCAGUGUGGAGAUAUAACAGCAAUUCGGAAAAGCAAGAAGAACUUUUGUCACAUCCGUUUUGCAGAGGAGUUCAUGGUUGAUAAAGCCAUUUACCUUUCUGGUUACCGCAUGAGAUUAGGAUCUAGCACAGACAAAAAGGAUUCAGGUCGCCUUCAUGUUGAUUUUGCUCAGGCAAGAGAUGACUUUUAUGAAUGGGAAUGCAAACAAAGAAUGCUGGCCAGAGAAGAACGCCACAGACGUAAAAUGGAAGAAGACAGACUGCGCCCUCCUUCACCUCCGGCAAUAAUGCAUUAUUCUGAACACGAAGCUGCUUUGCUGGCUGAAAAAUUGAAAGAUGAUAGCAAGUUUUCCGAGGCCAUCACGGUGCUGCUCACCUGGAUUGAGCGAGGCGAGGUGAAUCGUCGCUCUGCCAACCAGUUCUACUCCAUGGUGCAGUCAGCCAACAGCCACGUCCGCCGGCUCAUGAACGAGAAGGCGGCUCACGAGCAAGAAAUGGAGCAAGCCAAGGAGAGUUUCAAAAAUGCCUUAACGGGGAUCCUCACUCAAUUUGAGCAGAUUGUCGCCGUUUUCAACGCUUCUACCAGACAAAAAGCUUGGGACCAUUUCUCGAAAGCCCAGCGAAAGAACAUAGACAUUUGGCGAAAGCAUUCUGAGGAGCUCCGAAAUGCUCACAGUGAACAGCUCAUGGGAAUACGCCGGGAAGAGGAGAUGGAAAUGUCCGAUGAUGACAGUGGUGACAAUCCCACUAAAAAGCUGAGAGUAGAUGAUUCAGCCCUAGCCGCCCAAGCAUAUGCGCUAAAGGAGGAGAACGAUAGUCUCCGAUGGCAGCUGGAUGCUUACAGGAAUGAAGUGGAGCUCCUGAAGCAGGAGAAAGGACAGCUCUUUCGAACAGAGGAAAGCCUUACGAAGGACCAGCAGCUGCAGUUCCUACAGCAGACAAUGCAAGGCAUGCAGCAGCAAUUGCUGAGCAUACAGGAGGAAUUAAAUAACAAAAAGUCUGAACUGGAGCAAGCAAAGGAAGAGCAAACGCAUACACAAGCAAUGCUCAAAGUCCUGCAGGAACAGUUAAAAAGCGCCAAGGAAUUAGCAGAAAUCAAUGGGCAUGAUGAAUCUCAAGCAAAUGAAAUCAAUGUAUUGACAGUAGCAUUGGUCAACCAGGACAGAGAAAAGAACUCAGAGAAACGAAGCCCAGGUCUAAAAUCAGAGAAAGAGGCACUAUUAAUAGGUAUCAUAUCCACAUUUCUUCACGUCCACCCUUUUGGAGCCAAUAUAGAGUAUCUUUGGUCUUAUAUGCAGCAGUUGGACUCUAGGAUCUCUGCAAAUGAGAUAGAAAUGCUUUUGAUGAGACUGCCACGCAUGUUUAAACAAGAAUUCACUGGUGUAGGAGCAACACUGGAAAAGAGGUGGAAGUUUUGUGCCUUUGAAGGAAUUAAAACUGUCUGACUGUGACUAGUAAUGAAGCUAUGCAGAAGAAGAAUUCCUAGAGCAUGGCAGGGUUAUAAAGUAUUAAAGUAAGAAUUUUGGGUUUGGGCACAUAGUAGUAUGUUUUCAAAGUUAUCCAAGCCUAAUUUUAGUUACAUUUGUGACGUUCUCUUGUGAGUGGAAAUGUAGUUGUGCACCAGUUCCUAAAAUAAAAUAAAAUUUCAAAAAAAGUUUCAAAAUGUGACAGAUUGUUUCCUAUGAAAACUGAAGAAAGAUACCACAGUCAUAAUGAUUUCAAAAUACUACAUGUCCUACAUCUAAGAAAAGCUCAUUGAGCAAACAGUUAAGGAGAAAGAUUGCCGGUUAUGGUCGCUAAGCUACAGCGAUCUAUAUGUGAUAUGUAAUAGAACUCAUUAAGUUUUGUUAUAGAAAGUUCUUUCUGUUUAGUAAGAGAAUUGAGUAAUUUUACAGUGAGGAAAAGCAUACCAAAAGAAAACUUGAAGAUGUGUCUGAGGUUAUUGUAUUUUGUAAAUUAAGUUAUAUGCUGUACCAGGGAUUUUUGCCUUAUUGAAAGAGGCCUGAAAAUGUGAUUGGAGUCCUCAAGAAUGCUUUAUCAAGAAUAUUAUUUUUCUAAUGUAACUAUUCUCCAUUACAAGUUCUUUUAACAUGGAUUGCAUAUCAAUUUUCAUAAACAUGUAAAUAAGGAAGAAACCAGUGUUACUGUAUUGUAUUUGGUAUGUAACAUUCAGGUUUAUGCAUCAAAAUAAAUAUUCAGUUGCAUUACUGUUACAAAUUUUAUAGCAGAUAUAUUAAUUUUUAUCAAUAAAUAUGACUUCUACCAUA